GUCAGUGUUUGCGGUGAGUCAGAAUUCAGAGGUUAAAGGAGCUGAACGGAGCCGAGAGCGCACUCACCAAUUCCACUGAGGAGGGAAACAAGACAAGAGAAUGGAGCUACAGACUGUUAUUUUACUGCUCACAGGUCUGGUGUGCUGUUCAGCCCAGGGAUUAGACCCCAGAGGCCCAAGACCUGUGGAGGCUGGCUAUUCGGCUGAUAAAUGUGCUACUCAGAAGGAGUGGGGCUUCUGCUCUGAUGAAGACUGGGGCGUCAAGUGUCCGUCUGGUUGCAAAAUCCUGGGUCUGAUGGACAAACACGACCACGACAUGAUGAAGAAGAUCGACCGCAUCCGCACGCUGCUGGAGAAGCACCAGGCGCAGUCCAGCUCCACCGACCGCAUCACCAAGCAGACCUACGACUACCUCAAGGAAGGACUGACCUCCACCUCUGGAGGUGACAGCAGCUACUUCGAUUUGACCCAGACGCUGAGGCGGCGCAUCGUGGACAUGAAGGUCAAGAUCGACCGGCAGCUGAUACGAAUGUCCACCAUGAAGAACCAGAUCAGGGCCCAGGUCACUGACAUCCAGAGGAUGGAGGUGGAUAUAGACAUGAAGCUGCGUGCAUGCAAAGGUUCUUGUAAGACCUACACGGAGUUCUCGGUGGAUCGGGCGAGCUACGUGACGCUGGACAAACAGAUGGACCAGAUGGACACGGAUGCCUCCCAGAGCAGGGGCCCGUCCCGGCCGCUGUCCGUCAUGAAGAGCCGGCCGCUGAAGGAACUGACGGCGGUGGACGAGAAGUACAAGUCCAACCCGGCCGGCGGCGAGCAGACCAGGGCCUUGUUCUCCGAGGUCCAAGCCAUGCAGCUGACCCUGGAGACGGAGGGGUCCUUAACUUCCCCAGCAACCGUAUCCAAGGUCCCAGGUACAUCCUCCUCCUCCUCCGGCUCCUCCUCCUCCUCCACCUCCUCCUCCUCCGCCUCCUCCUCCUCCUCCUCAGGCACAGGCAGUAAGGGCAUCACUGAGAUAAGCGGAGGGACGGGCGCGUACUCCACCUCCACCAGCUCCUGCACCAGGAGCGUCCGCACGGUGGUGACGCAAACGCCCACAGGGCCAAAGAAGACCAGGGAGGAGGUCAUCGAAGGCGGACCGGAGUGCAGGGCCAUUCUGGAGGCCAGUAGGGGAGGAAUGGGGACCAUCUUCCCUUCUCUGGGCGGCGGCGGCGGCGGCGGCGGUGGCGGUGGCGGCGGCGGCGGCGGCGGCGGCGGCGGCGGCGGCUCCACCUCCUCCUCCUCCUCCUCCUCCUCCUCCUCCUCCUCAUCCACCCACUCCUUGACAUCACUCACUGGCGGAGCUAAGGGCAGUCUCAUGGACUCAAAAACUGGUUUUGGGGACUUUGGGAACUCCGGUUUUGACCUGGGAACCUUCGGAAUGGGUGCUGUUGAGGAAGACUUCCCGGAUGUCCACGCGCGCAGCAUAAUGAGCAGCUCUGUCGUCCAGUCAGAUCAUGCAGGAAAAGAUUGUGCCGACAUCAUGAAGCACCACACGAGGGGGAAGGCGAGCGGUUUGUUUGAGGUCAACGUGGGUCAGGGUCAGGACACCCGGGUAGUUGAGGUUUACUGUGACCAGUCGGGCUUUAUGGGGGGCUGGCUCCUGGUCCAGCAGAGGGAGACCGGCCUCCAGAACUUUAACCGGUCGUGGGCCGAGUACCGUCAGGGCUUUGGUUCGGUGGACGCACAGGGCCGGGGCGAGGUGUGGCUGGGGAACCACAACCUGCACCUGUUGACCAGCCGGAGCGAGAGCCUGCUGAGGGUGGAGCUAGAGGACUGGGAGGGGGGCGUGGCCACGGCCCAGUACGGCGUCAGGGUGGGCUCAGAGGAGGAGGGCUUCCGUCUGGAGGUGUCCCGCUACGAGGGAGAGGCCGGGGACGCCCUGGGAGGCGCCGGGGCCCCCCUGCGGUCCCACAGCGGGAUGAGGUUCAGCACGCCGGACCGGGACCAGGACGGCUGGGCGGAGGGGAGCUGUGCGGAGCUGCACGGCGGGGGCUGGUGGUACAACAACUGUCUCGCCGCCAACCUCAACGGGGUCUACUACCGCGGGACGUACGACCCGGAGAACAACUCUCCCUACGAGGUGGAGAACGGGGUGGUGUGGACCACGUACAAGCCCGCCGACUACAGCCUAAAGAGGGUCCGCAUGUCCAUCAGACCAGCCGCCUUCUGACCCCCCCAGAGGAGGAGGGGAGGGAGGUGGGUUGGUUUGUUCCACAGGAGGGGAGCGGGGGAUGGGUUGGUUUGUUCCACAGGAGGGGUGGGUGGUGGGUUGGUUUGUUCCACAGGAGGGGAGGCGGGGGGAUGGGUUGGUUUGUUCCAGAGGAUUGAGGGUCUGUUUGUCCAGACGUUUGUUUUUUUGGGUCAACUCUGAAGCCGAUGACCUGUGUGCUGUUGUUCUAUCCUUGUCUUUCUGUUUGCUUUCUGAUAACCGAUCAAUAAAUAACGAUGCCCUGCAUACUUAA